UAAGCAAUUCCACAAACAUGCGCAGUUACACGAUUUCAAUUUCAGAACAACGAUAAUUUUACCGUCGAAGGUGCAUUCAAGGCUGCAAAUAACCAACAUCUCCCUAAGGAUGCACGCCUGGAAGACUGGAUUAAAGGUGCUGGUGAAUAGGGAUCAGACAGUAGAGCGUAUGAGAGCUCUCAACCUGAAACCAACGACGAGCCUGUUGAACAAUUGUGAACAAUAACCAUCCUGAUGUGGAGAAUUCGUCGAACAAUGGAGUUCUUUCAAGUUGAUUGGCAAUAGUCAUAGGCCAUAUCUGGAUCCACGACCAAAGUGCAAAGUAGUAGAUGAUAUCAAGUCCUCGUCACUUCCCCUCGUGCAAUCACUUUUGAUUUUUUUCCUCACUUCGCAUCAUCACUGGUACCGUCCUCAUUUCUUUCUUCAGCGUCGCGAAAUAGAAUUCGCACGAUCGCCCUCACAUGACUGCGAAACCAACUACAGUUGUACCACCAGCAAAAGCGACUCCUUACAACUCACGCGCUACCGACUUCCUGAUAUCCCACGAAGGUCAUCUUGACAAUGAAAGAAACGCCGUCAUAGAGGAUCUGGGGAACAUAGUGCCAGAGAUUGACCUAGACUGGUUCUUUGAAAAUCCCUUACCACCACUGCCGACGGGUAUAGACACUGCAACUGUGGUCGAGCAUUUGCAGAAAUCUGGCGUAGCUACUGAAGAUGCGUGGGGCGGCUGCUCCCUAGACCCUCACGGACCUCGUCAUGAAGACGUAGUUUUUGCUCAAAUCCUUGAACCUAUUUCCAAGGCGAUCUUCGACACUGUGCAGGAACUCAAUCCUUCACUACAACAAACAUUCACGCUUUUGCUGCAGCCGACAAAGUAUCCGACCUCGGAAAGGGCAUGUAGCACAAUGCCUAAUAAUUGCUGGGUUGCCAUAAAAGACGUUGAGAGCAUCAAGGCUGAUCCAGGUCGCUUUUACACUUGGUAUAACAUCGCAGGCCCCGUCGAGGAUAAGAAGCUACCUGAGGGCUCUAGAGAACAACGCAAUAAGAUUGUCUUCAGCAUGCAACAAAUUAUGUCUCUCGAUCCUUGUCGUCGGUUUACCUUCGGUACCACGAUGCGGGAUCGAGAAUUGAGGGUCUGGUAUGCGUGUCGAGGAUUUGUUCUUACUACGAAGCCGUGCGAUUUGCUGAAGGACUAUCACCGAUUGGUCCAUCUUUACAUCGCUUUUGCAUUCUCUUCCCGCGUAAAUUUCGGCUGGGAUCCGACUAUUAGUUGCCUCAGCCCCGAAUUUAUCUUGCGAGACCAGCGAAAGCGGAGAGUGUAUAAAAUACAGGUCCGCAACGAUGAAGGUCAGGUCAAAUCCUUCAAAACAAUUCGUAUCCUCGCGGAUUAUGCUGCGGACAGCACCCUCAGUCGAGCUACUCGCGUGUGGUUGGUUGAGGAUGAACAAGGUAUCCAAUAUGUUCUCAAGGAUGUCUGGCUUGACAUGGAUCGACUUCCGGAGCAUAUAAUACGCGCACAGAUGCUCGCCGAUGUUUUGGAAAAAUGUGGCGCUGACGACCAUGUUACGCUCCAGAAUCAUCUUUUAACUCUUUACAUCUGCGGAAAGGUCUUCGUCAAUGGAGUAGUCGAUACUACCGAUGACAUGAUGCAUAAUCAACCGCCCUGCUUGUCUUCAAAUUCGGUCUUUAGUCUGAAGCUCGAGCAAACAAAGAACCCUUUGCGGCAAAGCUGUGACCCAGCAUCCUCAUCCGCAACCCUUAGUGCAACCACAAAAGGCUACUCUCACAAUCGCUAUCCACAAGCGAAACCUACUUGGCAGGCCCCUCAACCGCCUGUUCUUCGCCGCAAAUAUCAUUACCGGAUUGUUUUUUUUGAAUACGGACACACAUUAUUUGCCGAAAAGAGUUUGUUGAAUAUAUAUACUACUCUCACUGAUUUGCUCACCGCGCUUCAUAUCAUUCAUCGCAGCGGCUGGGUUCACAGAGACAUCAGUUGCGGCAACGUUUACUACUAUACAGGCCCUACUGAAGCCGAGCCUCGAGGUCUUCUUGGUGAUCUUGAGUAUGCCAGGAAGUGCGAUUCGAGGGAGGAACAUCAGAUGCGCACUGGUACUCUCGAUUUCAUGGCUUCGGAAGUUGUAAGUCAAGUAUGGAACUACAUGGUGCCUCCUCCGCGCCCCCCACCCAAAAAAGGACUCGUUUAUAACCUUCCGAAGCGAGCCCCUUUUACAUACACUCCCCUUCAUGAUCUGGAAUCCUGCUUAUGGCUGCUCGUCUACAUCCUUUUCUUCAAUGAUGAUGCACUAAAUCCCCUUUUGGAUCCUCAAACCCUCAUUGUUCGUAAUAAAAAAACUAACCAACUUUUCUCUCGCAAAGCCGAGACCUUUUGGCGCUUUUACUUCAUUCGAGAUUGGGAUACCAUAAAUGUCCAUACGACCGGCCUCUCACCGACUCUUGAGUCUGCUGUUCGCACUGUCUCCUACUUCGCCAGCUACUUGCAUGCCGCCUUUCAGGAGAUUCAAAAGCCAUACACCUCGGUCACUGUUGAAGAAUCCUUUUUGCAGACUCUGUAUGAUAAUAUCCUUCCCCUCGUCAAUGAGGAUUCGCUUUUACGGGAAGAAAUCCGAGACAUUCAACUGAAGUCAAUACCGAAGCCGGUCAUGAGUGCAGGCGAGAAGCGAAAAGCUGAGGAAGAGGCGGACAAAGCCAAUGUCAGCAACCUACCGAAAUCUAAAAAAUCAAGAACACAUACUUCCUUGCAUGGACUUUGUGGAACACUUUUCUGAAAGCAUUUUGUCAAUUCCUUGGAUGAUCUUCGAUAACAUUUCAUUUUUCAAAGUUUGCAUUGUGUACUUCUCAAGCACUAAUUGUGUAUUAAUAUCGCCGUUGUUCGAAGAUGUUUUCUCCAAGUAUGUAUGUAGCUAUAUCUACACUUUAAAGUUUUCAUUAUUGACUCACUAAUGUAUCGUAC